AUGGAUAUUGAUGAACUUUCUUAUAAUGAAUGCUUCAUCGAUUCCGGAGAGAAACUUCUUGUUCUAUCAUCGGAGGUUUACAACCAUGCCUCACAGUCCGAUGUUGUAGAAGUGAGAUCGCAUGCCCACGCAACGGCUGCCAGCGCGCUGAAUCAGAUUUUCCGGGCCUGGCACAGUCUCGACGAUACCUCCAUAGUGGAUACAGGCGUAGCCGGUUUCCGCGGAGGGACAAUAACCAAGAAAGGAGUCAUGUCCUGGAUACCGAUCGAUUCGUCAAGCGGAAAACUUCAAGACUGGCCAAGUUUGGUUGGCGAAGUAGCGUGGUCUGAACCACGACGAAAACUCCUGCAAGAUAUCGAAUUUUGGUUCAAAGAGUCCCAAAGGCCAAGUCAAGGUCGCGAGCGCAAUGACUGUCCAUGCUAG